CCCGCGGCUGAGGGAAAGACCGGUGCCGAGGGCAAUGUGGUUCGGUGGAUGCCUCUCUCGUUUCGCCCCCUGUCCCCCGGCCGAGGAGCUGCGGCGGAGGGAGCAGGCUUUCCUGCUGGACUGCGUGGCCGUCAGCUCCAUCUCCAGGGGCCACAGUCGCUCUGCGCCCCGAGCUGGAAGUGUCAUCCCACCCUACAAUCCGCAGAGAGACCGCCACGCCGCCGCCUACUUCACCACCAGACCCCUGUUGCCACUGUUGAGAAAAACCGGCCAAGCGGGCGGAGGGACCUCUGUCCACGGCGCGGUGGUCGAUCGAUUCCAGGUUCGUGGAGAGGCAGCCAGUUACCUGCGAACAAGGAACAAUAACGGCGCAGGUUACUCUGCGGAGCAAGUGAAAAGCCAUUCUCUCUUUCUGACUGGAAUUAAACCUGUAUUUGGAUACAACGGUCUCUAUGGCUACAGGAGGAACACGCCAACAUUGCGAAGACUCCCAUCGUCAUUUGGUAUGACCAGCCUGUCGCCUCGUUAUUGAACAAAUCUGUUGGCAGUCGCUCCCCCCUGUUGCGGCUAGUUCAGCGCACUGACGUUUGACAACACUGGGAUAUCACCAUUGUUUGGAUCUUUGGUAUCACUGGUGCUUGGCUUGUCUCGUCUUGUUGAUAGGUAGUAGAGUCAUAGAGCACAGUCCAACAC